AUUCGGCGUUAGUCGUGAAAGAAUUUUGAUAAGAGACGUCAUAGAAUCGUGCAAUUAAUCAAAAGUUUUCAAAGACAAAUAUUUUAUUUAUAGUAUUCUUAAAAAAAAAAAAUUAUAUUACAGUGCGUAAGAUUGGAAUCUGUUAUUGAUAGAGCUGUCAUAAUAGUAUAAAUUGUAUUUUUAACUCAAAAUAUUAAGUUGAAAAGUAGUUGCCUUAUAUGUGUGUUUUUAAAAGAAUCACAUAGAAUACUUCGAAGUGAGACUGAGGGUUCGUUUAGGGUUUGACUGAAUGGUCUGUACAUUGUGAAAAACAUGCCUCUGUUCGGAAAGUCUCAAAAGAGUCCGGCGGAGGUGGUGAAAGCUCUUAAGGAGGCAGUAAAUGCAUUGGAGCGUGGUGAUAAGAAGGUAGAAAAGGCUCAAGAGGAUGUCAGUAAAAAUUUAGUACAUAUAAAAAAUAUGCUUUAUGGAACAGCUGAAACAGAACCUCAAGCAGAUAUUGUUGUUGCCCAAUUGGCGCAGGAAUUGUAUAAUAGUAAUUUGUUGCUUUUACUUGUGCAAAAUCUUAGUCGCAUAGAUUUCGAGGGUAAAAAGGAUGUUGCUCAAGUAUUUAAUAACAUAUUACGGAGACAAAUUGGAACCAGAUCUCCAACAGUAGAAUAUAUAUGUACUAAACCAGAAAUAUUAUUUACUCUUAUGUCUGGGUAUGAACACCAAGACAUUGCUUUAAACUGUGGCACUAUGUUAAGAGAGUGUGCAAGAUAUGAGGCCUUGGCUAAAAUCAUGAUCUAUUCGGACGAUUUUUACAAUUUUUUCAGAUAUGUUGAAGUAUCAACUUUUGACAUAGCUUCCGACGCGUUUUCUACAUUCAAAGAAUUACUUACCAGGCAUAAAAUACUGAGCGCAGAGUUUUUAGAAAUUAAUUAUGAUAAAGUUUUCUCUCAUUAUCAAAGGUUAUUGAAUUCAGAAAAUUAUGUUACGCGACGACAGAGUUUGAAACUAUUAGGAGAACUUUUACUUGAUAGACAUAAUUUCACUGUAAUGACACGAUAUAUUUCAAAUCCUGAUAAUCUGAAAUUGAUGAUGAAUAUGCUUAAAGAAAAAUCACGUAAUAUUCAAUUUGAAGCGUUUCAUGUGUUUAAGGUGUUCGUGGCGAAUCCAAAUAAACCAAAACCAAUUUUAGAUAUAUUAUUGCGCAAUCAGGAAAAAUUAAUCGAAUUUCUAACGCGCUUCCACACUGAUCGUUCCGAAGACGAACAGUUUAAUGAUGAGAAAGCGUAUCUUAUUAAACAGAUUAAAGAGCUUAAGUCUGUACAUGAAAAUUAAAUUCAAAAUAUAAAUUAUUGCUACAGCUAUCGUUAACUA